AUGACUAUAGUUUAUGAAUAUAUUGAUUUGGAGAAAGAAACUUAUAACAUAACUGAUUAUACUGAAGAACAAGACUUAGAUAUGAUGAGAGAAAUUAUAGUAACUAUUCAAGAAUAUUUAGAAGAAGAAGAGGAGGAGGAGAAACUAGAGAAA